UGAGACUCGCAGUAAAAGACCUUAAGAAUCUUCUUUUUAAAUAUGGGAGGUGGUCUUGGUAAAAAAUAUAUGGGAUGGUGGGGUUGUAUGGGUGGACCUACACAAAAAGGAAUUAUUACGUAUUCAUUAUCUCCACGUGCACAACAUCCGUUUGCAGGCGCACUUCGUAGUGCUAUUUUUAAUACGUCUCGACGAUGUAGUCAACAAAUUUUGUAUUUCGGUAUACCUUUAACAGUAGGAUAUUUUAUUUAUACAUGGGCCAAUGAAAGGAAUGAAUAUUUGUAUUCAAAAGCAGGGCAAAAAGAGCUCAAGAGUUUGGAUAGCUCCUAAAAGUUUUCGAUAGACUUUUUUGUUUAGGUAGUUUGCAUAAUAG